CUAGCACGUGCCCUCUACGUCACACAGACACCUAUACAGCCUCCUUUUCGUUGUCUGCUCCGCUUUCAUUCCGGUCACAUGACCUCCCAUAAGCCUCGUCUUUCUUCUCACCAGACAUCUGCUUCCCGUUCUCGGCGGAGGUGAUCGUAAUAAUUCUGCGGAUUCCUCAUCCUCGCCAUAUAUGCUGAGGACAGAAUGACAACCCUAGACGAUAAGCUGUUGGGGGAGAAGGGUCAGUACUACUAUAGCAGCAGCAGCGAUGAUGAGGACAGCGACCAGGACCGGAAAAUACGACAGAGCGAGGCCAGAGAGUCUGAUGGGGCCAAGGAAGGAAGUGCAGUGAACACAGGUCCAAAAGGCGUCAUAAAUGACUGGAGGCGCUAUAAGCAGCUGGAGACGGAGCAGACCGAUGAGCAGAAGAGGGAACUGGAGCAGCUGGUGAAGAGGUUGUCUAUGACUUGUAAAUCUCACUUGGAUGAAGAGAAAGAUAAACAAAAGCAGAAGGAACUUGAAGAAAAGUUAAAUGGCAAGGUAAAAGCGGUACAGAUGACUUUGCAGGAUUACAAUAUGCUGAACCAGGAUGAUGAUGAAGACUUCUUAGAGCAAUACAGGAAACAGAGAAUUGAGGAGAUGAAGCAGCAGCUGUGCCAGUCGCAGGUAUACAAGCAGGUGUUCGACAUCCAGAGCGGGCAGGAGUUUCUGGAUUCUGUAGAUAAAGAACACAAGAAUACCGUGGUGAUAAUCCUGAUCUAUGAAGACGAGAUCCCGGGAGCGGAAGCUGCCAGUGGUAGUCUGAUCUGCCUGGCGUCCGAGUACCCUGGGGUGAAGUUCUGUAAAGUAAAAAGUUCCCUCCUAGGAACCAGCAGUAGAUUCACGAAGAAUGCUCUGCCGGCGCUGCUGGUCUACAAGUCAGGGGAGUUGGUCGGAAAUUUUGUUCGGAUAACGGAUCAACUUGGCGACGAUUUCUUUGCAGUCGACCUGGAAGCCUUUUUACACGAGUGCAGUUUGUUACCAGAAAAGGAUCUUCUGCGCUCUUCUGUUUGUAAUCCCUCCAUCCGGUGCUAUAGCGAUGACAGCGACCUCGACAUAGACUGAACGGGGAACACUGCCAUAUUACUGCUAUCCCCUGAUGGAUUGUAUAUAGAUGCAGCUUUCCUUAUAUGUUAAUUUAUAUUAGUUUAUACCAUAAUAUGACUAAAAUAAAAUGGAACCUGUUUUAGCAAAA